GAUGGUAAGAAGUUUACUUCUAAACCAGAUCAGCCCACCAAGGCUUUCAUCGGAGGCAAUGUUUCGUUAGUUUGGCGCUACUAUCAGCCAUCGCAUCUUACUCUCAAAAAGGUGGUGUUUGGCGAAUGGACAAGCUCACCCGGCUUCGUUUUUCCGAAAAUAAUGACGAUUAAUACGACAGCAAAAAGCACCAGUUUUUCACCAGGCCGUUAUAAAUCCAGAGUUAGUUGGGCGGGAAACUUUUCGGCUUCCCAAGUAGCGUUCGUUUUGCAUAAUAUUCAACCAGCAGACGAUAAAGUGGUAUUCGGGAUACAUUUAGAGUUUGGGUACAUGCAUAACCCGCUACUAGGCUAUGUCCAGAUGAAAGUCGAGAAAAAACGUAUGUAA